UCGUCCAAUGACAUGUAGACAUCUGUUCGCUGGAGCGACUCUAAAAUAUCCCCCUUCUCUUCCUUCUCCAGAAGAUAUUCUCUAUUUAGCAAGGGUAUUGUUGGUAGCGGACAGUGGUCCUGAGAUGGGGAAAAUGCAAGUCUUGGGCGUAGUUGCGGUAAUUUUGGUAGUAUACUGCGUACAUGCAAAGGUUUACUUUCGGGAGGAGUUUUUGGACGGUGAUGAAUGGCGAAGUCGCUGGAUGGACUCCAAGCACAAGUCUGACUAUGGAGAGUGGAAACUAACGGCUGGCAAUUUCUAUGGAGAUGCUGAGAAAGACAAAGGUCUGCAGACAAGCCAAGAUGCUCGUUUCUAUGCCACCUCUGCCCGUUUUGAACCUUUCAACAACGAGGGCAAGCCUUUGGUCAUUCAGUUUACAGUCAAGCAUGAGCAAAAGAUUGACUGUGGUGGUGGCUAUGUCAAGGUCUUCCCCACUGACUUGGAUCAGAGUGCCAUGCAUGGAGAUUCCACAUACUACAUCAUGUUUGGCCCUGAUAUUUGUGGCUACAGCACCAAGAAGGUUCACGUCAUUUUCAAUUACAAGGGCAAGAAUCACCUCAUCAAGAAAGAAGUAAAGUGCAAGGAUGAUGAGUUGACCCAUCUGUACACACUGAUCCUGAAUCCAGACCAGACCUAUGAGGUGAAGAUUGACAACAAGAAGGUAGAAUCCGGCAGUCUGGAGGAGGACUGGGACUUCCUGCCUCCCAAGAAAAUUAAGGACCCUGAAGCCAAGAAGCCAGAGGACUGGGAUGACCGUGCCAAGAUUGACGACGCUGAUGACACCAAGCCUGAGGACUGGGACAAACCUGAAAACAUUCCAGACCCUGAUGCUAAAAAGCCUGAUGAUUGGGAUGAGGAUAUGGAUGGAGAGUGGGAGCCUCCCAUGAUCCCCAACCCCGAGUACAAGGGAGAAUGGAAACCCAAGCAGAUCGACAAUCCCAACUACAAAGGAGCCUGGGUACACCCUGAGAUUGACAAUCCUGAAUACAGUCCUGAUUCCACCAUCUACAAGUUUGACAACAUUGGUGUUUUAGGUCUCGAUCUUUGGCAGGUGAAAUCUGGUACCAUCUUUGACAACUUCCUGAUCACAGAUGACGUGAAGGAAGCAGAAGACAUUGGGAAUGAGACAUGGGGCGUCACAAAGGAACCAGAGAGGAAAAUGAAACAGGAGCAAGAUGACCUGAAACAAAAAGAAGAGGAGGAGAAGACCAAAGAGCAAGAUACCGCCGCUGAUGACGAUGAUGAUGUGGAUGAAGACAUAGACGACGAGGGAGAAGAAGAUGGGGAGGAAGAAACAAAGGAAGACAUGGAGGAGGGACUUUCAGAAACAGAUGAGGAGGAAGCAAAGCAUAAAGAUGAGCUUUGAGGAGGUCUGGCCAGAUUUUUUUUCUGUCCUGCCUCCUAGAGAAACUCUGUCCUGUAUUUUCCAGGGGUAUUGUGGCUGCUGUGCAUCCUUUCCCUGAGAUUUGGACACAACCCAACUUGGGGGGUUUAUAUAGUGAAGGGUGGAUGUUUAUGGACUUAGUUUCUCUUUCAUUUUGGUCAUGAUGCCGCCCUGUUGCCUCUGAGCUGCUGGGUAGAUUCUAAGGUUUUCCACCUUCCACCACAUCCAUUCCUCACAUGCUCUAUCAGCAAUUUGUAAAAACAAAGAAUAUGGAGGCACUGGCAUCCACUGUUGUCUUGAUUUUCUUGAUCUAUUUGUCUAACUUUUAAUUGCAGAUUCCCUUGCACAGUUCCUCACCGGUUAGAGUACAUUGACAGUUGAUUAUAAGCUGUAGUAAAUGUGACAAAUUGAGGUUUGCAGAUGUCAAACUGUUCAGAUUCCAACAUUAACUUUAUUGUCCCCAAAGGGAAAUUUCUCUUGCAGCACAGUAAAACAUAAAAUGCACAUAAAACAGAACAUAUAAUAUAUAAAAUGUAAGACUUAUCAAAAAAUACAGACAGAAAUACAGACUGUAAUAUAAUGUAACUUAUUCUGGUUACAUCUGUGGCACUGACUUUAUUUUCCUUUCCCCACUCUAUAAGGCAGAAAUGAAUGAAAUCUUUAGACAUAAAUGAAUCUUCAUCUAAGUGUACAAUGCAAUUGUUUUUCUACAUUGAAAAGGCAUGAAUUCAUCAUGUCUUCAUGGUAAUGUGACGGGACCUGCAUAAUAUCCUGAAAGUCUGGAGAAACAGAUGGUGAGCCCCUGGUGUGACUGAUGACAUCACUUUGGGUCACACACUUAUUUUUAUUGGACAGAAUGUUAUUGAUACCAAAGUUUUUAUUAAAAGAUUAUAACCAUA